AUGGAAUAUCUAUCAACACAACAGACAUUAGCGGAUUAUGCUAUCUUGAUUGAAACUAUCAAAGAGCAUUUCGCACCAAAUGUGCCUGUAAUUGGUUUUGGUGGGUCCUAUGGUGGAAUGCUUGCGACAUGGUUUCGAAUGAAAUAUCCCCAUCUAAUUGAUGGAAUUAUUGCCAGUUCAGCACCAGUACUUGGAUUUCUAGGUGAUCAAGACCAUCCAAUGGAUCCACAAGCUUUUAAUCGUGGUGUGACCUUUGACAUGUCCAUUGAAACAGGCGCGUCAUCAACUUGUAGUGUCAAUCUCCGACGUGCAUUCAAGUUGAUUCUAGAUAUGAAGAAAACCAAGUCUGGACGUCAUCAAUUGACUCAAUGGCUGCGAUUAUGUGAUGAAGACGUCGUACGAGCAAAUGACAAUCGUAUUAUUACUUAUGCCAUGGAAGCUUAUGGGUACUUGGCUAUGGGGAAUUAUCCCUACCCAACCUCUUAUAUUAUGGAUGGAAAGAUCGAGUUACCAAGCUAUCCCAUGCGUGUCGCUUGUGAACCUUUUGCUCGUGAAUUUGCACUCGAUGAACAGGAAGAAUUGAUUCAGGCUUUUCGUCAAAGUAUUGCCGUGUACUACAAUGCUACAAAGACAGAGACCUGCUUUUUCCCAAUCGCUACUGUGUCUCGUACGAACGAAUCCGAUACGUUGGAUGCUGCAAAGCAGGCGAAGAUUGACCAAAAGGGUAAUUUUUGGGGUUAUCUCGAGUGCUCGGAGCUUUAUAUGCCCACAAGUUCAGACGGAGUGAACGAUGUAUUCCCUGCAAUUGCUGUGAACCAGUCGCGCGACGAUGCUGACUGCUUCGAGCAAUGGGGAGUGCACUUGAAGCCGCACUGGGCACACACUGAGUAUGGUGGUAUAAAGGCCUUACGCGCCGCGAGUAACAUUGUCUUUAGCAAUGGCAAUUUUGAUCCAUGGUCCGGCCUAGGAGUGCUUAAAUCCCUCUUACCUUCCGUCGUAGCUGUGUCGAUUCCUGGAGGUGCACACCAUCUCGAUUUAUUUUUCACGCACCCACUGGAUCCUCCUGCUGUCACUGAAGCUCGUAAGACGGAAUUAGCGUACGUGCGCCAGUGGAUUGAAGAAUUCUACGCAAAUAAGCGAAAGAAUGCCAAGAUCGAUCUUUUGCGCGCGUGA